AACUGGAGCUCAGAAAUCGACAUAGAGGAAGAUAUGUCGAGCGCGGCACAAGAUCGGGCCAUCCCAAUUUUUCUUAAGUUUGCAGACGUGGAGUUUAAGGUUAAAGUUCAGAAUCCUUCUUCUUCUGGAAAUCCUGUUAAGGCUGUAAUGUCGAAGGUCGCGUCGCAGCUGCAUAUCGAACAACAGUACAAGCAGAUAUUACGAGGUAUUACCGGAAGCGUUGGCCCCUGUGAAAUCCUCGCCCUUAUGGGGCCUUCCGGCAGCGGAAAAACAACGUUGUUAAAAGUCUUAGGUGGUAGGUUGCAGGAAAAUGUUAAAGGAACUGUUACAUACAACGAUGUCUCGUAUAUGCCGGCUCUCAAGAGGAGGAUUGGUUUUGUAGCGCAAGACGAUAUUCUCUAUCCGCAGCUAACUGUGGAAGAAACUCUGGUUUUCGCGGCAUUUUUGAGGCUUCCGAGCAAUAUGAGCCAACGACAAAAGUAUGACAGAGUAGAGAUGAUCGUUAAGGAGUUAGGCCUCGAAAGAUGUCGUCGCACAAAAAUUGGUGGGGGAUUCAUUAAAGGGAUUUCUGGCGGGGAAAGGAAGCGAACGAGUAUAGGAUAUGAAAUUCUCGUCGAUCCUUCGCUUCUGCUGCUCGAUGAACCGACUUCAGGUCUUGAUUCUACUUCAGCUAACAGAAUACUUCAGCUUCUUCAAGGACUUGCAAAGGCAGGAAGGACAAUUAUAACAACCAUUCAUCAGCCGUCGAGUCGAAUGUUCCACAUGUUCGACAAGAUUCUGUUAAUCUCCGAAGGGUAUCCGAUCUACUAUGGGAAAGGGAGAGAAUCGAUGGAAUACUUCGCGAGCUCGCGGUUCAUUCCAGAAAUACCGAUGAAUCCUGCAGAGUUCUUGCUGGAUUUGGCGACUGGGCAAGUGAAUGACAUCAGUGUACCCGAGGAAUUGCUUGCGUCGCGACAGAGCGCUGAAUUUGAAAAUUCCGUAAUAAGAUAUCUGCAACAUAAGUACAAAGUCGACUUGGAGCCGAAGGAGAAGGAAGAGAAUCAUCGCGCGGCGAAAGUGCCAGAACGACUUCAGCUCGCCGUGCAAAUCAAGAAAGAUUGGACCUUGAGUUGGUUCGACCAAUUUGCGAUAUUGUUCAAGAGGACAUUCAAAGAGCGAUGGAGAGACUACUUCGAUCAUGUCCGGUUAAUUCAGUCGUUCGGCGUGGCUGUUCUUUUAGGCCUUCUCUGGUGGAAAUCGAGCACGGCGACUGAAGCGCAGCUCAGAGAUCAGAUCGGUUUGUUGUUCUACAUAUGCAUUUUCUGGACUUCUUCGUCCAUAUUUGGAGCAGUUUACGUCUUCCCCUUUGAGAAGAUGCUGCUGGUGAAGGAAAGAAAGGCGGACAUGUACAGAUUGAGCGUCUACUAUGCGUGCAGCACGCUGAGCGACAUGAUCGCCCACGUCUUGUAUCCGACGUUUUUCAUGUGCAUUUUGUAUUUCAUGGCUGGGUUUAAAAGAACAGCAGAAUGCUUCUUCCUCACCUUGUCCGCGAUACUCUUGAUCGCCGUAACUAGUCAAGGGGCCGGAGAAUUGUUCGGAGCAGCCGUGAUGAGCAUCAAACGAGCGGGGAUGAUUGCUUCCCUUAUCCUCAUGCUGUUUCUUCUCACCGGCGGAUACUAUGUUCAGCACAUACCCAAGUUUAUGCAGUGGAUGAAGUAUGUCUCGUUCAUGUACUACGGGUUCAGGCUGUUGGUGAAGGUGCAGUAUUCGGGGGAUGAUGUUUAUGACUGCGAAAGCCCCGCCGGCUGCCGGAGCCUGCAGAGCUCGCCGUCGUUCGACACGGUGAACUUGAGCGGAGGGCUUAGAGAAGUCUGGAUUUUGUUGGGUAUGGCGCUGAUUUAUAGGAUGUUUGCUUAUCUGUGUCUGAGGAGAAAGAUCAACAUUGCCAAUUUUUGA